UGCUUUAGACGCAAUGUUGGCUAAUCUCCAAAAAUAGCACACCAACUGAAGCUCUUCCUACAGUCGAUCAUCCGCUACUGAGCUUUGUGUGGAGAAGAGAAGCAUACGAUGUCGUUUAGCUCCUCUGUUUCAUCUGCCCAGCCUCUGUCUAUGGUCGCCAAACCUUUCGGAUCAUCUAAGCCUUUAGCGCCUCGUAUCUCUGCUUCUGCCGAUGUCCCUGACUUUCUCUCUGCUGAUUGGCUUGAGUCCCGUAGGAAAAAGCCAUUUGGUCCAAGAUUAAGUUUCAGUGCAGAUGAAGCAGUUCGCCACCAGCUUGAUGCAUUGAAAUACAAUGACCAGCCUCAUCAAGAUUAUGGAGUUGAAGUCAUGUACAGAUUUGCUGGAUUUGAUCCCUUUCAAAGGUCUACCUACUUCGGGCGCUUUUUUGACUUGGGUCAGUUUGAACGAUUCAGGCGAAUUUUUCAUCAUUCGACUUAUCGGGUGUUGCUUGGCCAUCAGGAGAGGGAGAUUUUGAGCAGUUUGCAUGUAAAUGAGAAUUUGUAUAAGCAGCGUAUCUGGGUCCGAGGUACUCGACCCGAGGAAGAAGAAAUCUUCCAAUUCACCAUGGUUCAGGUGAUGUAUAUUGGACAAACAAAUUAAAGAGAGACUGCAAUGCUGCAAUAGAAGUUCGUUAACAAGAGAAAGCUGUUUUGCUUGUGGAGAACGUAGUUAUUGAAUUUAAUUUAUUUACGUUGAAGGCUACAUUAUCCUGUUUCCUCCUUUGCCUUGACAUAGGCAUGUAAAAUGAGUGUGACAUGUACUGAUGUACAUAGGCACUUCAUAUUGGAUUGUUUAAAACUGAACGUGAAUAUGUACCCAUGCCCUAGUCCACAUGCAUAGACUAAGGGCUCGUUUGAUACAAGGAAUAAGGGAUAAUUAAUCUGGAAUUAAA